AUGAACGACCUCCUCGAGUACAUCCUCUCGCAGGAUCAAUUCAGAAAAAACCGCCUCCCAUCCCUCUACUCCGACUUCCCCAUCCACCGCAAAAUCAACCCAGAGGGCUACACCACCAACAUCGCCGCAUGGCAACACGCCCUAACCAGCGCCGCGAAACACGGUUACAUUCGCUCGCCGAUACCCACGUCUAAGUCUCAGUCUACUGGUGGUGCGACUUCGAAGGCGAAUCAUUUGAUCUUACGGGCGGAUGAGAGUUUGUUGCGCGAUUUGGAGAUUCCGGAGUGGGGAAGGCCGGUAGCGCUUGGGGCGGUGUUUGAUGAAGCCGUCAGGAAUCGCACGAUGGUGCCGCUGCAGAUGUAUAAGAACAGUGGGGCUUGUCUGCAAAAGCCCGGCUGGGGAAUUGAUACGUCCGCGUUAAGUCCCUGGGUGGUGAUGAGUUGGGGGAUGAAGCAGCUGAAAGGGGUGGUGCUGGGGUCGGAGGAGGCGACGCCGCGUCUGCAGGCACAGGAGUUGGUUUUGGUGGAGAAUUUGAAGGAGACUGCAGAGAGAGUAGUCAAAAAGGUCAUGGGCCAUCAUCCGUCCAAGACGGACUUGGUCUACUCCAGGGAAAAGUUUAUGGAGGAGUUUGCUACGAUCUUGGACGAACAGAGCCAGCUGUCGAAUGCGGAUAUGGAUGUUCUUUUGCUGUAUCUGUCCCGCGAUAGUGGUGCUAUCGCUUAUGAUGGGAAGACGAUCAGGUUCAGACCGUCGAAUGAUUCGCCGAGGGAGAUCACGGAGCAAGAUACCGCUGUGGCCUCGAUCAAGUCGCUGAUGGCUACGAUGACCAAGCAGGUUGAGAGUCUGGAGAAGAAGAUCGACGAGCUGAACGUGACCGCAAAGACCGCGUUGCAAAGCAAGAACCGCGUCUCGGCGCUCUCGGCGGUGCGCUCUAAGAAACUUGCUGAGCACAAUCUGAAGCAGAGACUAGAUACCUUGAUGCAACUUGAGGAGGUUUAUUCUAAGAUAGAACAGGCGGCGGAUCAGGUCGAAUUCGUCAGGGUCAUGGAAUCGAGCGCUGGAGCGCUACGUGGCUUGCAUGCACAAAUUGGAGGUGCGGCCCGUGUUGAGGAUGUGGUGGAGGAGUUACGUGACGAGAUGACCAAGGUGGACGAGGUCGGUAAUAUACUAAACGAGGCGGCGCCGCACAUUGACGAGAUGGAGAUCGACGAGGAGCUGGAGGAGCUGGAAAACAGGGAGCGGGAGGCGAGAGAGGAGAAGGAGGCGGAAGAGAUCCGCAAGAAGCUUGCCGAACUCGACAAUCUCGAACAGCGUGCGCAAGAAGCCGCACGCAGUGCAGCAGCCGAGAAGGACCUGGAUUCUGAGCUAGAGGAGAGAUUGUCCCGCAUGUCGGUCGAAGAGGGCCCCAGUGCUACAGCCCAGUGA